UAGAGGGAGAGGUUCCCUUUGCACCCUUUCUCUGGAUGUUCCACAUCCAGAGGUGACACAAGUGCUGUUUGUUCUCUGCAGCUCUUCUCAGGAGAGCAGCUGCAGCUGAAUCAAACAGGAUUAAUUUCCCCGUCCCAAAUCUGCUGUUGUCCUUCUGGAGCUGCCAACAUCGUUCUCUUAAUUUAAUUUCAGGUUAUUUCUGCAAUGGGACUGGACUUGUGUCUCCUACUGGGUUGUGUGAGGCUGGGUUCUACUGCACUGGAGGAAGUCUUUCCCCCAGACCUCCCAGGGUAAGAUGAGGUGUGGUGGAAAUCGUGUAAAAUAUAUAAAAUAGCUUGGAACUGAGGGCCACAAGGUCACCUGAGUUCUCCUGCCCUGGAUUAAACUCUCCCUUUCAACAUUACCUCCUUCUGGUUGAUUGAUGGUGAAAGGGGAACAGAGAUAACAAAAUACAUCUGGUUUUCCUUGAGCUUUACAUUUAAAACUAAGCAAAAUAGCUCUGCCUUUGCAUGUUGAUGCUGCAAAGCAGCGUGGAAUGCCACAUCACAUUAAAAUUCCAGAGGUUAAUAGUUCAUGAGUCUGAUUAGAGCGCUGCAUCUGCCAGCCCUCCUCUGAGGCAAAAUUCAGCAGGAAUUUUUAAAGAUGAUGACAAGACUCAGCCCUGGCUUUGUGCAGCCUUCAGCAGCGAGGGGUGAGAGCAGGAUUCACCGUGAAUGUCACCUUUGGAACCUGACUCGGAUCUGUUUGCACACGAGGGAGUUUUUGGGCUCUAACUGUGGUGUUUUCCUCCCAAGCCAAGCGCCAGCGGAGGUCCCUGCCCCCCUGGGCAUUUCUGUGAGGAGGGGAGCAGCAGAGCCCAGCCGUGCCCUGCAGGGACCUACAGCCCGUCCUGGAGUGGGACACAGUGCCUGGAGUGCCCAGAAGGCUUCUACUGCACCUCUGCCUCCACCAACCUCACAGACUGUCCUCAAGGUCCUGGAGCACAAACUCCUGAGCUGUGCCCUGCUGGGCACUUCUGCCUGCCAGGGACCACCUUCAGCACGGAGCAUCCGUGUCCCAAGGGCACCUUUGGCCCCAGGGCUGGUGCCACCAGUGAGGCUGACUGCGAGCCCUGCCCAGCAGGGAUGUACUGCUCAGCCCCAGGGCUAUCCCAGCCAUCUGGAUUUUGUUACCCAGGUUAUCACUGUGCCAAGGGAGCCGUCAGCCCAGCCCCCUUCAAGCACAGGGUGGAAUCCUCCAGCCCUGCCCUGCCUGGCAAUGACAUCUGCCCCGUGGGCCACUUCUGCCCCCGUGGCAGCGGGCAGCCCGUGCCGUGCCCCCCUGGCUCCCUGUCCAGCGCCCUGGGGCUGGGGGCAGAGCAGCAGUGCCAGCCCUGCCCGCCUGGCAGGGUCUGCAGGGGCCCAGGGCUGGCUGAGCUGGCCCAGACCUCGCUGUGUGACCCAGGCUAUGUUUGCCUGGAAGGAAACUCCUCUCCCUGCCCUUCGGAUGGGAUCCACGGGUACAGAUGUCCCAGCGGCUCCUACUGCCCGGCGGGCUCGGGGCUGGAGCUGCCCUGUGAGCCCGGCACCUUCAGCCCCGUGCCCGGGGCCAGCGCCUGCCUGCCCUGCCUGCCUGGCACGUCCUGCGGCAGCGCUGGCACCGUGCAGCCCCUCACCUGCCCCAGAGGUGAGCUCAGGUGUGGCAGGGGCUGGGGGAUCCCUCUGUCCACUCAGGGAAUGGGGGAUUUGCUGCUGCUCGGAGCAGGCCGGCGUUUCCCUUCUCACCUGGCUGUGAGCAGUCUCAUUUCCUCACAAUAGCCCCCUUUUCUUCUUCACAGCUUAUAUUUGCAUGGUUUUCUAAAGAUGCCUUUUCUAAAGGCAUUGUGUUUAAUUCUAAUUAGUAACUUACUGCAACUCAGUCCAUUGAUUAGUAGUUGCUAGCGGAUGUGUCUGUCAAAAACUUUCCUCUCUAACUGUGUUUAGAGUCUUAUCUCUUAAACAGAAGAGGUUUCACAUGGGCAGAAGUCUUUCUUGACACAGUUGCAGAUUCUUUCCUUAUGGGAAAUUAUCAGGCCAACUGUGAGCUGUGCUUAGCCAAAAGAGCAGGCCAGAGCCGUGGUUUCACAAGAGUGACCAGGCUCUCAUUUUCACACACAGAAUUACAGAAUCACAGAAUCACAGAGUCACAGAGUCACAGAGUCACAGAAUCACAGAAUCACAGAAUCCCAGAGUCACAGAGUCACAGAGUCACAGAAUCACAGAAUCCCAGAGUCACAGAGUCACAGAGUCACACACACAGAAUCACAGAAUCACAGAAUCACAGAAUCACCAGGUUGGGAAGAGACCUCCAGGAUCAUCAAGUCCAACCCAGCCCCAACACCUCAACUAAACCACGGCACCAGUGCCACAUCCAGGCUUUCCUUAAACACAUCCAGGGAUGGUGACUCCACCACCUCCCUGGACAGACCAUUCCAGCACUUUAUCACUCUCUCUGUGAAAAACUUUUUCCUAAUAUCCAACCUAUGUUUCCCUUGGCACGGCUUAAGACUGUUGCCCUCUUUUCUAAGGCUUCAUGCAAUAUCUCCUGUCCCUCUCCAUCACAGGGUACUUCUGUCCGGGCCGCACUGCUGUCCCUGUGCCCUGUCCCGAGGGCACGCUGAGCCCCUUGGAGGGGGCAGUGGCACCCACGGCCUGCAGGCAGUGCCCCGUGGGCAGGUACUGCAGGGGAGAGGCCAACUGGGAGCCUGAUGGUGAGUUUGGGUGCCAACAGAGCUGCCCCAGCACGGGGGUGGAGAUGAGGGCUGGAGGACAUGGGGAAAUGGGAGACAGCUCCAUGAACGGGGUAAAGGCUAUUGCAGGACACCCUGAGGCUGGGCUUGGCAGCCUCCUCUUUUUCUCUGUUUCAUUCUUCUCACUGAGCAUUUAUUUUGGUUUUAUUAUUAUUUUAUUUGUUUUUAUUAAUAUUUAUUAUUAUUUAAUUUUAAAAUUUAUUGUGAUAUUAUUCAUUAUAAUAUUAUAUUUUAACGUUUUGUUGUUUUGUUAUUAUUUUAUAUUGUUUAUUAUUCAUUAUUUCUUAUUAAUUCCUAUAAAUUCUUAAUAAUUCUUAAUAAUUUUUAUUAUUUAUUAUUUUACUUUGGUUUCAUUUUUUUAUUAUUUGAGUUUCUCGUUAUUUUUUAUUUAACAGCUAUUUCUGUUACUGCAUUGCCUUUCCUUCUCUCCCUUAGGUUUUUUUUUUUUUCUGCUUUCUCUUCCUUUAACAUUUUAUCUCUGCUCUUUCUGCCCUCCAAAAUCCUUCCCCUCCCAUUUACGCACAGGGUAAUUGUCCCUGGGCCAAAACCCCAGGCUGGAUGCCUGGAAAGAAGAGAGGCAGAGCUCUUCCCCCGGGUAGGGAAGCAGGUAGAGAGGAGAUAAGGUGAGCAAACACCAGGUGAGGUCAGUGCCCGUCAGGAAAGGGAGGGAGGCCGAGGGUUAAUAUAAUAAUAAUGGGGAGAAGGAGAGGCACAGCAAAGGUGACCAGCCCAGGUUAUCAGCAGAGAUAAUGCAGGACCAGGAUGGGCUCUGGCGGCUCCCCGGGGCUCUGUGCUGUUUGGGAGGGUCCAGGAGGGGCUGUGGGUGCUGCCUGCCUCCCUCUGUGCCACCCAGGGCUCUGCUCGCCCGGCUACUUCUGCCAAGGAGGAGCCACCAAUGCCACCCCUCGGGGGACAGCAGGGUCCCCUCUUAGCGGGCUCUGUCCCCUGGGACACUACUGCCCAGAGGGGACGCCCUUCCCGGUGCCUUGCCCGGCUGGGACCCUCAACAACGCCACUGGUGAGUGUCACCUCCCCAGGGGUUUGUCCUGCCGUGACCUCAGCGGUGACCAGCUGUCCCUGAGGUCAGUGGCCACGUGUUUCCAGCGGUGGUGGCCACGUGUCAGCACCUCAGACAAGGUGCUGGCAGUGCCCUGGGUGCUGUCCCACCCGCCGGGUGUUUGUGUCCCCUCAGGAGGUGGCUCCCAGGACAGCUGUGUGCCCUGCUCCCCCGGCGCGUUCUGCGCCAGCGCGGGGCUCAGCGCUCCCACAGGACCCUGCUCCCGGGGGUUUUACUGCCCGGCAAACUUCAGCUCCAUCAGCCCCACGGCGUUCCUGUGCCCCAAGGUACUGCUGAGGGCUGGCACGGGGAGUUCUCAGCCCUGGCGUGUGCCACGGUGGCCAAGGGUCACCCACAGCUGACUGUGACAUUGCUCACAUGCACAGGGAGGUUUGGGUGGGUCUGGGGUUUGUACAGCCCAUGGCUUUGGCAGAUAUUCACUGCUGUUAGAUAUAUAUUAUUAGUAGAUAAUAUAUAUUAGUAGUAGAUAUUUAGAUUAGAGAUUGACAAGUCUCUAUUGCCCCAUCGUCUGUGACAUUUUAAGAAACAUAAUCUGAUAAAAGUAUUUGCAUGUUUACAAUUGGAAAGAAAUAAAUUAACCACUUGCAUUUCUCUGGGGUAUGUCACAAGGUAGAGGCCUUGUCAAGCCUCUAAAGGGGGGGAAAUGAUGCCUUAGGAAUUCAGCUUUUCUGUGUUUCACAUAUUUGUGAUCCUACAAUUCUUGAGUCUAUAACUCCAAACUCCACACACAGUGUGAGCUGCUGCUGCCUCCCCAUUUUGGGCAGACACAACAAUUCCUCUCCAGGCCUGGCAGUCAAGGACACCUCACUGCCUCAGGCCUGAGAGAUGGGAACAAAAGUGAGUUGGGGCAGCAAACUUGGGGUCAAUGACUUCAUUACCUGGAGCUGUCAUUGGAAGAUGAAGCCCCAAUCUGCAAAUGGCCCAAACUGAUCAAAGUGUGCAAACCCGUGACCAUUGUCCAUUUUGGGUGGGCUUCAUCUGCCCUAAAUGUACCUGAAGGCCCUUCCAUUAACAGAACUGCUUUUUAUUCUCCUAAUUUUGUUUGACCUUUAUUUUUAGGUAACCCUAAAGAAGGCAUCACUCUGCUCCAUGAAAUGCUCUCCCUUCUCUGUCCUGGCCAGGGUCACUUCUGUGGGUCAGGGUCAGCGCUCCCGAGGCCGUGCCCGGCCGGGCAGUACCAGCCAGCCCCGGGCUCUGCCUCCUGCAUCCCGUGCCAGAGAGGAUUCUACUGCCAGGAGCUGGUGGCAGGGGACCCCCGGCGCUGCCCACCUCACUCCUACUGCCCCUCAGGUACUCUGGCAAGGGCUCAGGUGUCUGUGCCUGCCUGCCACCCCAGAGCUGUGCAAUCCUGAGUGUCCCCCCCAGGCCAGGUGAUGAGGAGGUGGCAAUGAGCCAGCGUGGCACAGUGGCCACCUGAGAGUCACUGGGCACAGCUGGAGAGCCUCGUCACACCACGACUCUCAGGGAGGGUUAUUUUUGUCUCUGUGCUCUCCCUUUUAGGGACACGAGAUCCUCUCACCUGUCCUGAAGGCACCUUCACUCCUGACAAUGUGACUGGCCUCUGGAAUGAGAAGGAAUGCCUGCCUUGCCUCCCUGGCCACUACUGC